GAGUCUGAGAGGAGGAAGAGUCGAGAUACUCACAGAAACAGAGGCAGAACAUGCACUUGUGAGUCAGAGAGUGUGUGUGUGCGGGUGUGUAUGAGUGUUUGCUCUCAGACAGACAGAGAGAGGGGGGAAGACAGGGAAAGACAAAUGGUCUCAUUGAAAGAUAUUGCAGAGAAAUAGCAUACGAGUGAGAAUUCCCAGUAAGAAGAAGACGGACAGAGUGUGUGAAGCGGACGCAGAGAUCCAAGAAUCCUCUUACACAACUGACUGGGUGAAUGAAUGAAUGAGUGAGUGAGUGACCAAGACCAACACUGGACCAAAAGAGCCCAUCGUGGACAAGAAGAAGAAUAGAACGGUGCUUGGUGACGCAUCUGACAUCUCGUCCUCCAUCUUUCCCAUCCUCCACCCUUCCAUCCAUCCUUCUCGGAGACAGGCAGGGGAGUCUUUCCUCUGUCCUAUCGCAUGCAACAGGAGCAUCUGCUGUGAUGGGCAGCACUCAAAGGGACGAGAUAGCCUGAGACAUCAGCAGAAUUACAGGAACUUUAUGUCCCCAUGUGAGAAAGACAUCAAGAUCUCAUGAAUUAACAACACCACUUGUCAAAAUCCAGAGACUCACCACUAAAUACGCACUACAGACAACUAAAUACAGGAUCAGAAACAACACUAUCUAUGAGUCUGCAUAUCUGCACCGCUUUGGGAAAAGUGCUGGAAGCAAGAAAGGUCUGGCAAGACUCCUGAAACACUCUCGGACCUGUCACGUCACCAAAGAGUGGACACACAAUCUGUCAAGCUCGACGCAGACCCCUUAAGGAAUUCUGGUCUUUUAAGGCCUGGGAGAACAUCUUCCAGAUCUUUCCAAUGCCACAUGAGCACCUCCCUGAAAAGCUUAUCAGAACACAGAUCAGGGAGAUGUAAGCACAGCCAAUCACAAGAAGAAGCAAGAACAGGGCAGGGUCAUACCACAACGGGGACCUGAAACAGGAAGAAGGUUGUGACAUUGGUUGCAUCAGUUCCCUUCUGAAACUCAUUAAGCAACAUAAGCGACAUUUGGCUAACAACAGUAUUAAGCUAAACAGUAUUUCUUAGUAAGAUCCUAAGAUUCUUUUCAAGGUACUCUGUAUUUAAGUCCUUACUGUAUUUAUGUCAAAAUAAAUGUGCUGUAACAGUGUAAACACUGAAACAAUUGCCAACAUAUCUUCUGAUAUUGAAUGUGACACACUUUGUAGUAUUCAGCCAUUCAUUUGUAAGUAAUAAUAUCACUGAAUAUCCUGUUACAUCUAAUUAACAACUCUCAGUGGUGCAAUAUCAGUGAACAGGGUAUAAGUUGUUGCCUCAAGUCUUUUUUAACCACUUGAACCACAAACUGCAACUUCUCGUGACCUCUGAAGCAAGACAUAGUCCUCUGUUGUCCUUCAGGGCUUUUUAUACCGUGCACUGGCUGGAAGUCUUUGUCCAUCUGUGCCACAUAAAGACUCAGGGUGACGCAGCCCGUGACCAAGGAGGGACUUUGAGACAGCAAUGGACAAACCCAUCCGUCCUCAUGUCCCCUGCAAUGGCUGAGUGUCCUCCCCCAGUGCACUGAAGACAUUCUCCGCAGGACCGUACGCUACACCAAGUUCCUCUAGCCAAGAACACCGAGCCUAGGAGUGAAUGUCCUGCCUGCGGCGCCAACCUGUGACCAUCCCCAUGGACACCGUCAAGAUCAUCCAGUCGGAGAAGUUCACUCGGGAGUGUCCAGUCCCUGUGACCCAGCCUCGCUAUGCCCCACCUCCCCGCGUGGCCUGGGACGGAGGAGGUGAGGGGGAGGUGAUCGUCAACCAGGCAUGUGGCGACCUGUCCAUGGAGGUCAACGGGAACACCGUGGUCCCACCCAGACCCCUUGUGUCUCCUCCUGCCCCCAUCCUCCGCCGGGAAGCAAGUUAUCUUGCCCAGCGCAAGACCAGCACAUCCGAGAUCUGCUACCACCAGUUCCACUACAAGAUGGACGACGUCAUCGUCAACCAGUACGUGCUCCGCUCUUCCUCCACCUCUUCCUCCUCGUCCUCCAACUCCUCAGGCCCAGUGAUGCCGUGCGAACCAUUGGACUGCCCCACCUGUGGACACACCUACAACUUUGCCGGCAAGCGCCCACGCAUCCUUUCCUGUUUGCACUCGGUGUGUGAGGAGUGCCUGCAGAUCUUAUACGAGUCCUGUCCCAAGUACAAGUUCAUCUCCUGCCCCACUUGCCGCCGCGAGACCGUGCUCUUUACCGACUACGGGCUAGCCGCGCUGGCCAUCAACACCAGCAUCCUCAGCCGGCUGCCGCCCGACCCAGCGGGGACCGUGCAGUGGGGCAGCGACGGGGACCGCAGCUGCUAUCAGACGGUGCGCCAGUACUGUCAGUCAGCUUGCACUUGCCACAUUGCCAACCCUCUUUCCUCCUGUGGCAUCAUGUAGAAUGGAGAGGGCGGAUGACCGGCACAACUCAUCCCAAAAGCUAUUCCACUAUCUGAAAACCUUGAUUCACACACAUUCACCUUCUCUGAAGGGUCACAGAUGAAUCUGUAUAUUUAAUAGCACAGGAUGCUAUGUGGACUUGAAGUGAAAAGGACACUUGUGUGCAAAGACAGAAAUAUGAAAUAUCAGAGUAAAUGUAUUUUAUGUAUGAACUGAUUUCCCUAUAGCCCUCGAUCUCUUGUUUGGAUGUGUUCGUCAUUGACAUCUCUUUACAUGGGAAUGCCAAGGGAAGUCUAUCUCCCCCAUCCUGGGUAUAAUAAAGACCAAUAAAGAAUUUAAAAGUCAAACUGUUUCUUUGG